AUGAGGAAAAGGCGGGACUUGCAGAUAUUUCCCUUGGAGGAAAAUAUUCUAUAUCAGAAGCAGGCAGCUUCAGGGGUUGGUUGGUAACAAAUAACUGGAAGAAGUAAGGCAUAAUAUACAGACAUUACCUUCUGGAGUAUAAUGUUGGUUCCAGUGUCGUGUCACUAAGUAGUUUAAAAAUUAUGGCCUGACAGGAUAAAAUUAUUCUAUACACCAAAUAUUGUCUGAUUUCUUAGAGUGUUAGUAAACUGAAGGCUUGUAAAGAUGAAGUUGAUUUCCUAAGAGAGAAAUAUACCGAACUACCAGAUAAUGAUGGUGUUGAACUUUAUGACAAGAGCAAAAUAAAGCUGACUGGACCUGACCUUAGGAUUUUGGUAGCAAAGGCAGAAUACAGAUUUCCCAUGUUGCAAAGAUAUAACGAACAAUUGUGAUCCCAAGGGAAGAGGAAGUUUGCAGUCAAGAGCGCCAUAAUACCCUUGCAGCUACACUAAACAUUGUUUGAAGCUUGCAAUACAAGGUAAGUAAUUUCAGUUUCUUAUUAGUAUUUAGUAUUCCCAGUACUAACUGAAUAGAAUGAUCAGAAAUCUACUCACUACCAGUCAUAUUUUUAGAGAUGAGAAGGUUUACGGAAUGGGUUUGCUGGAGCCAGGGACCAUAGUGUGGAAAACUGGAAGAACAACAGGCCAAACCAAGAGUAACGUAAAUGACGUUGGUAUCAUCAUCUGGAAGGAUGGCUUUAUGAUGGAAGAAGUUGCAGUUAUUUCUUCAUUUAGUAGCUCAAGAAGUAGUCUUUUUACAGAUAAUAGUGACUCAGGCACUCUGAUAUUCUGUAUAGCUAAUUCAUUGAAAGCUGUUGAACUUGUGGUUGGUAGGAGUGAGUUGCAAGUUCUGCAUUAGGUUGCCGUUGCCCAGUUAUGGGCAAUCCUUGAGGACAUGAAACUCAUGAUGGGUAUGAAUAUUAAAUUUUGUACGGAG